AUGUCAUUCUGGAAGAGGGAUUUCUAAAACCCUCUUUCGAAUUCCGUUUCCCACUCUCUCUUGCUCUCAUUUUCGGAUUCCAGAAACCCUAAAACCCGAUCUUCGUCUCUGGCGAGAAUCCGUUUCUAGUGGUUGCUCGUUUCAGAGGUUUUUUGUUUCUCAGGUUUCAUAUCGGAAGUGAUGAUGUUGGGAGAGUCUGAGGAACAUACUUCAGAUGAUGUUCCUGGGCCUGCUGAAAUUCACGAGGUUCGUACAGAUCAACUGGGUAAUGAAGGACACUCAUCCGUGGCGAAGGCAGUUGAUGAGGGUGUGGAGAUUACUUGUUUUACAGAGGACUUAAAAGACGCCACCCUCCAUUUUCAGAUCAUACGGAUGAUAAGACAGAUCUAUGUAUGGAUUGGAUGCAACUCUGCAAAAUUUGGAUAUUUGUAUGCAGCUGCGACUACUCGACCUAACAAUAUGGUGAGUGUUACUUCCAUACUAGGUGGUGGUGCUGAUAAUGCCGGUUCAAGCAUGGCCCGUCGCUUGGUGUUGAGGACUGGCCUCAAUAUAAUUCUGGCAUGCAAUAUUCCUCAGAACAGCCCCCUGCUUAAGGCAGAUGCAGAGAGAAGACUGGUUCAGAAGCUAAAAAGUCUUGGCUACCUUGGACCAAAAUCUGGAGGUUAUACACCCGCUUAACCAUCCAUUAUAAUCAAGAGAUUGAAAGAACUAUCGUUCAGAAAAAAAAAAAAAAAAAAAACCCAGAGUUAACAAUCACAAGAUUGAAAUAGAAUUAUAGAAAUGUAGGUGAAAGCACUUCCUUGGCUGAUUGUCCAAGAGGUCAAUACAAAAUUCAUAUUUUCUGUAGAAUUGGCCUUUUGGAUUUCUUAUGUACGAUGUUUAUAACUAAUUACAACGUUAUGUUGCUUUCUCAUGCUGGUUUUGUGAA